AUGCCCAGUGGACUUAAAAAUCUGAAGAUUAUAAGAAUGUUGCUACGUCCUCGAUCGACUUUGGCACCAGAAAUAUCUGAAGUUUUUCAGCCUACCUUAAGCAGAAAAAAGGAAAUGUUAAUAGAACUAAUUAAAGAAAAAAUUGAACUUACGCGAAAAUCAAAAAUCGCGAAGAAGCUUCAAACUGCUAAAGGUUUUUACACUUUAGAAAUGGCACCUCCUUCAAGUCAAAAUGAAAUGCAAAUUAAUCACCUAGAUAAUAAAGGACUGCCUUACAUGACGGGUGUCGCAUUGAAUUCUCUUUUGGGUAAAGACAGGGAUUCAAUCAGCCCAUGA